AUGGUAGUUGGAAUGGAUGUAGGAAAAAGCACUGAUGGUGGCAAAGCUGAUGCUUUACAUUGUCUACCUGAGAAAGCAGAAGCUAGUUUCAGAGUUGCUUUGAAUCUUGCAUUUCGGAUCUCAGGAGUACAUGGUGAAGACGCUGAGGUGAUUGCGAGUAGUAGCAUCUGGCUCUCAGCAUUAGAGAGGCAGAUCUUUGACUUCCUCGGCUUCCAAUGGGCGCCCAUCCUUGGAAAUUUUCUACAUAUAAUAGUCGUCAUAUUGGGUCUGUUUGGAACCAUUCAGUACAGACCUCGCUACAUCGUGGUGUAUACAGUAUGGACUGCCCUCUGGGUCACCUGGAAUGUUUUCAUUAUCUGCUUCUAUUUGGAAGUAGGUGGGCUCUCUAAGGAUACAGAUCUAAUGACAUUCAACAUCUCUGUACACCGGUCGUGGUGGCGGGAACACGGGCCUGGCUGUGUCCGAAGAGUGCUGCCCCCGUCAGCCCACAGCAUGAUGGACGAUUACACGUAUGUCUCCGUCACCGGCUGCAUCGUCGACUUCCAGUACCUGGAGGUCAUCCACAGUGCCGUCCAAAUACUACUCUCUGUAAGUAUCACAUUUGUCCGAUCAGGACUCUCUUUAAUGGCAUUUUAUAUCUAA